AUGGCCUUAUCAACAGCAUCAACGUCUACAGAAGUUCCAUCUUCACCACCCAUCUGCACACUGUCUUCCCUCGACCAUCUCGUCCUGACCGUCAAAUCCAUCCCAGCCAGCAUCAACUUCUACACCCAAAUCCUAGGCAUGGCUCAUCAAUCCUUCACAUCGCCUUCAGACCCUACAAGCACAUCCCGCCACGCGCUCUUAUUCGGUAGCCAAAAGAUUAACCUGCACCAAGCCGGCAAGGAAUUUGAGCCCAAGGCGGCUACGGCGUUGCCGGGGACCGCGGAUUUGUGUUUUUUGACUGAAGAGGAUGUUGAGACUGUAUUGGAGAAGCUGAAGGAGAAAGGAAUUGAGGUGUUGGAAGGUGGGAAAGUGGUGAGGAGAACUGGGGCGAGAAGUGCAUUGAGAAGCAUUUAUGUGCGAGAUCCGGAUGGGAAUUUGAUUGAGAUAUCCAAUCCCACCGUCUAG